CAAAUUCCAACUUGCCUGCUCUUUGGGGGGAGAGAGAGAGAGAGAGAGAGGACAGAGGAAAUGGCGAUGGCGUGCUGCAGCAGCGGUGCUCGGAGGAGGGCCGCCCUCCUUUUCCGCGGCGGUCUUGCUCAAUCCAGUCUUCUGAGGGGCUCCUCCGCCGGUGCUCAUUAUUCAAGAUCCUUUGCUUCGGCGUCGGAGGAGAACGACGUGGUGGUAGUCGGAGGCGGCCCCGGUGGGUACGUGGCGGCGAUCAAAGCCGCGCAGCUCGGCUUGAAGACAACUUGCAUAGAGAAGAGAGGAACGCUUGGCGGCACCUGCCUUAACGUCGGCUGCAUCCCUUCCAAGGCGCUACUCCAUUCUUCACAUAUGUACCAUGAAGCAAAGCAUGCGUUUCCUGCCCAUGGAGUCAAGUUUGCUCAACUUGAGGUGGAUCUUGCAGCCAUGAUGGCCCAGAAAGAUAAAGCUGUGGCGAACCUCACCAAGGGAAUUGAAGGGCUUUUCAAGAAAAACAAGGUUACUUAUGUCAAGGGUGCAGGGAAGUUGAUUUCAUCCAGUGAAGUUGCUGUUGAUGGCCUUGAUGGCUCAAGUACUGUUGUCAAGGGCAAGAACAUCAUCAUCGCCACUGGAUCUGACGUGAAAUCACUCCCUGGAAUUGUCAUUGAUGAGAAGAAAAUCGUCUCAUCUACUGGAGCUCUGGCGCUUACCGAGAUCCCUAAAAAGCUUGUGGUCAUUGGUGCUGGUUACAUUGGCCUUGAAAUGGGUUCUGUCUGGGCCCGACUUGGUUCCGAGGUCACUGUUGUUGAAUUUGCACCUGAGAUUGUUCCAACCAUGGAUGGUGAGGUACGCAAGAUGUUUCAACGUUCACUUGAGAAGCAGAAGAUGAAGUUCAUGCUUAAAACCAAAGUUGUUGGUGUGGAUGCAUCGGGCCCCGGUGUGAAACUUACCGUGGAACCUUCUGCUGGUGGUGAGCAGAGUGUACUUGAGGCUGAUGUGGUUCUGGUCUCAGCUGGCAGAAGUCCUUACACUAAGGGUCUUGGAAUUGAGGAUCUAGGUAUAAAAACCGACAAGAUUGGACGCAUUGAGGUCAACGAGAGAUUCGCCACGAGUGUUCCCGGUGUAUAUGCAAUCGGUGAUGUUAUACCUGGUCCUAUGUUGGCACACAAGGCAGAAGAGGAUGGUGUGGCAUGUGUGGAGUUCAUAGCUGGGAAAACAGGUCAUGUUGAUUAUGAUACAGUGCCUGGUGUUGUCUAUACAAACCCCGAGGUAGCUUCGGUGGGUAAGACAGAAGAGCAGGUGAAGGCAGCAGGCAUUGAAUACAGAGUGGGUAAAUUCCCUUUCUUGGCCAACAGUCGUGCCAAGGCAAUUGAUUCAGCAGAAGGUGUAGUAAAAAUACUCGCAGACAAAGAGAGCGACAAGAUUCUUGGGGUUCAUAUCAUGGCACCGAAUGCUGGCGAGCUCAUUCAUGAAGCCGUACUUGCAUUGCAGUAUGGGGCAUCAAGCGAGGACAUUGCACGCACUUGCCAUGCACACCCGACCCUAAGCGAGGCUGUCAAGGAGGCUGCAAUGGCUACAUAUGACAAACCCAUUCACAUAUAGAGUGGCAUCCGUGUUUGUUGUGGAUUUAGCGCUUAAGCUGAUUUUGGAAUAAGCUUUGAUUUGAUGUCAUGUUUUUUAUUCAACUCCGGGAAUGAGAUCAUGUUCCCCUCGUCAUCCUUUUUUGUAACUUCUCAUGAAGCUCUCGAUAAGAUAAAAUGAUGAUAGGAAACAACGGCCUGUGCAAAACUGUCUCUGAGGUUGUGCUUUUGAGGCAGAAGUUGGAAGUGGGAAACAUUUUGUGAAAAUUUUAAGUCUGCAAUAAAAAGGUCCGCGCAACAGCAUGGGAUCUGUGCUACUUCAAGUGGAGAGCUGGUGGUAGAGUCAGCAUCGGUGAAUGAUGUUAAACCCGAACACUGUAGAUCAACAAGAGGCAAUUCUGUCAUUUUGAACUUUAGGUCCUGUCAGAUUGUAUUCCUCAGGAAGAUCUAUGGCAAUUUGUGGGGUUUUCUUUCUCUU